UAACCAACCGUUCCUUCCUCUCGUUGCAAUUCGACUUCACAUUUUUCACACAAUGGACGCAGUUGUGGUGAUAGAGCUUCAAGCUCGGCCCAAGCCGCCAUCACAGCCGACUGGAUCACAAUAUGCCGCAAAGUCCCCGUGCCCAGAAUGGACAGUUGAUAUUUGCGUAUCAGGGAAAAAGUCCUUACGCGACGUCGCACUGAAGGACCCUCUCUCCACCGAGCAACGUCGUCUUUGCAGUUGGUAUCUCGAGGAGUACACACAAAAGACACCUUACUCAGUUGAGCCUGGGGAAGAUGCCAGAGCACUCUUGGAAGAGUACCCGAAAAGGCUGUGGCGAGAGCUGCGACUGGCAGAGGUUGUCUCUUCCCUUGAAAACGCGGGCUGGGGAAAGCCGCAGCGCCUGAUAAUUCGACCAAGUGAAUAUGGGCGUCCGUUGGAGGACUCUAACAGCACCAUUCAUCAGCUCUUCUGGGAAACGCUUGAGUAUCUAGAUAAAACCACGACAUUUGGAUGGCAAGUAAUAAUUGAGCGACAUCUUUCUCCAGCUGGGGGCGCUGGAUUUUCCCCUACGAAACGGGUGCGAUCAUGGGAUGUACGGCGGGAGGAUGUGACCACGGUUAACAUACUCUUGGUUAUUGCGAGGGAUACAUCUAGAAACCCGGAAACAUACAAUGACGUUUGCCCAUUCCUGGCUUUCGAGGCUCUGAGCAAAGUUCAACAAAAGUUAAAUGGUGGUGGAGGUCGCCUUCGUUUCCAUGUGGAAAUUGCUCGUCCGGGCACCUUUGCAUCACUCAAAGAACAUCUGCGACGCGCAAAGCAAGUAAACGGACCUGGAUAUUUCCAGAUUGUCCACUUUGAUAUGCAUGGAACGGUAAAGACUAUAAAUCGCGUCAAGGUUGGACUACUUUACUUUGGCCGCAAACGAUCAGACGGCCUACAUGCAGUCCCCGCGUUGAAUGUCGCCAACCUACUCAGAGAAUAUGAAAUCCCAUCUGUGGUAUUGAAUGCCUGCAAUUCAGCGAGGGCGAGCAGUGGCGACGACGCCAACAUUGCGAGCGUCCUCCAAAGGCGAGGGGGGGUAGGAAAUGUCCUGGCCAUGUCAUUCAAGGUAUCCAGCGCAGCUGUGGACCUUUUCUUCGCGAGCUUUUAUCAGUCACUUCUCAUUGAUCGAUUGACAUUUGUUGCUUCAUCAAGUAAAGCACGAGAGGCGCUGCGAGCGAAUAUGCUCCGUCCAGCGAGGUUCGGGUUGGAACGAGAACUUCUUGAUGCCUUCGUUCCUGUGCUCUACGGGUGUGGCGAUGACUGUCCGCUCGUGGAGGAUGAUGCAAGCCAGAAUGAUUCUGUAGAAAACAGUGCUCUCUUCUCGUCUACUUCUACAACAAUUCCUACGGUCUCGUCCCUUCCAUAUUUGAAGCCCGUCGGUCGAGAUCUUGACUUGAUGCGAUUAGAAAAGGUGCUUUUCGAGAGUCCCAUUGUCUACCUCCACGGACCUGCUGGAGUGGGGAAGUCUUCACUCCUCAGAUAUGCUGCUGAGCUAUGGCUAAAGACGUGCUUUGCAAAUGCAGUAGUUGUGAUUGAUUUUGCCAUGGAGAGGAUAUUAUCCGGGCCUGACUUUGCCAACGCCGUCUUGAACCAGCUUCUGCAAACACAGGCCCAAUCCGAGAGGCCACAACUCUGGACCAUCCCAUCUCUACGAAAGCAAUCUCACAGCCUUGACGCGAUCCAGGACAUUAUAACAAACGUACUCUCCACCUGUGACGCUAUUUUAAUAAUCGAUGGCCUUGAUAUGUUGUUUUCCCCUUUUCGUGCGCAUGUUGCUUCCAACUCGCCCCAUGCAGGGUCUGCAAGGCUGGAGAUCUUUGAAAUUAUCAAAUCCAUUGUCAUGUCUUCUACAUCACCAGAGCUCGGAGGAAGGAGUCGGGUGGUUUUAAUAGCUCGCCGUAUUGAUCACCAAUGGCUUGGGGCUAUUUUCAACCAGGCGAGCACAGUCCAAAGCUUUGAGCUUCAGAGUCUGGAACUGUCAGACAGUAUAGAAUUGUCUCAAAAUAUCCUCAGUAACGCAGGCGAAGACGUGGCGAAAUGGGGCUCUCGGGAUUUCGAUUGGCUGGAGGCAAUAAUUGACUUAUUACACGGAAUCCCGCUCGCCCUCAUGGAGAUCCUUCCCCUUCAGCGAGAAUUCCGUAUACCGUGGCGGGAGUUUUACAACCGCUUACAUGGUGGUUUGUUCAAUUCGUUACCGGACUUAAAAGGCCGAGGGCCAUACCCCAUUCUUGAAGAGCUUUUCUACCUCUCUGCAGCGCUUCCGCGUGAUUGCUUUGUUCUUCUAUUACUAUUCAGCUGCUAUUGGGGAGAAACCCCCCCUCUGGAAGUUUUUGAGAGACUAUUUUUAACCGUUUCAAGGGAAGAGAACGGCCCUAGCACGCAAAUAGGGUCAGAACAAGAGUCCCUUGUGGAAUGGUACUCUAAUAUUUUGGGGCUUGCUAUCGACAGAGGAUACAUACGUUGUGAGCUAGGCUCCAAUAUUGCCUGGGUACAUCCGUUGUUUACCAUCUACGCUCGUGCUUUUGUGCCUCAGUUCACCCCUCAUCUUCGGCAUCCAUGGAUGCAAGAGCUCAUCUUAAAGUCAAUCCAGUUGAUCCCAUUUCGAUGGCAAGGGACUAAAGGUUCACCUACUGGUGGUUAUGACGGCGCCAGUGAGCCGUGCAUUAGAUUUACCAAAUGUGGUGGCGAUGCAAACGUGCUAACUUGCAUCAAGCUGGGUCUUGAGCUUGCAUCCCAAAUACCUACGACCCAGUUACCAAUACAUCUGCUUCAGAGCUACCUUGAAGAUAACUCAAUAUCGAUUCAUAUGGGUGAUAGCUUUCUUGAUUUCUUGAGCUUGUGUGUGGAGCGAUCUAGAGGGGAUGAUGCUCUUGAUUCGACACCGCUGGGCUUUUGUGUCAUGUCAAUAGCCGGAAUUCUCGAGAAUAAGAGGCUAUUCCUUUGGUGUCGUGAUCGAGGCCAAAAACUGAUGCACCUAUGCAUUGAUAUGGUGCAGAUCCUGGAUCAAUAUCACUGGGCAAACCCGCUACCCAAGAACACAAUAUACAAGGCAUUGCUGCUUUUGCCGCUUUUUCAUCACAGGGGCAUAUUCGACGCCCAUAUGAGCACUCUUCAUGGGAUUCAAGGCAUCGGGGUACUGAAAGACAAGACAAGCAAGGAUCUAAGAGAAAUAUUUCAGGAACUCUGCACUAAUAACAGAGUUACCUCAUUACCGGCAGAGCUUUUCUUGAAACCAGAACUUUUGGGAUCUCUGAAACACGAACUUGACAUGCUCAUUAGAGGUCUUGACGGACAUGAAUUCUCGGAAUCGAGUAUGCAAAAUGAUAUCAAGUCCGCAUCAAAAAUUCCAGACAUGCCCAAUUGGCAGGAUCCAUUUCAACGAUUGAUACAUAAACACACACAAGGCGCUGCGCGAGCCGAGCUUGCUGAAGCCUCUCGCUGCUCACCCUGGAAAAUAAGAGUUGAAUUUCCUAAGAGAAAUCACGUUCUCUCGCCAAUUCUGCAGGAUCUCGAAGACGCUACCGAUACAGGCGACUGUGCAGAAGCAUUUCUGCAGCAUGUGAAGCUGCUAUGUGAUGCACUUGAUAAAACCUUAUUUGGUGAAGCUGAUCAACAUAUCGAGAGUCUCCGGAAGCUAUGUCGAAUGAUGGCCGGUCUUGAUAUACUUGGUCCUCAUUUGGACAACCUGAAGAAAGAAGUCAACCAAAGACGGCUUAGGUUUGAAUUUGCACUUAGCCUGUUCCCGUCCGUUGAAGGGGGAUGGAGAGGAGACGCAAUACAAGUGCAGAAAGAGUAUCUAUCUUUAAUGGCUGACAUAGCCCCCUUGCAUUGCUUUCUUGCCUCUAGCUGGUGCGAUAAAAUGGCAGCCAAGCAAGGCGGCAGUGGGUAUCUUUCAGCUGUGUCCAGGGAAAAGAUGCGGCAAAUUAUGAGAAAUCACACAGGGUUCCUUGGUAACCCUGACUCUGUGAAAUCCAUGACGGUAAUCCAGGAGAACUUUCUCGAAACUUUGAUGCUAGCCAAGCAAGCUAUGAAACAGAAAGAAUUCAGCACUUGCCUGGCACAUGUGGAUAGCCUAGAGGAAUUGAUAGAGAAGAAUGAUUGGCUGCGUGAUAUUUUCAAGGAACUCAAUGCUGUGGAGACGAUUCGGGAGGCAUGCAGACGAGAUAUGUCUUUCUAUGAUCGGCUAUAUACUUGGAGUUCUGCUGUGCUUGAUGGAGAGUAUGAUCGUGCCCAGUCUGUCAUAGACGAGAUUUCGAACCUCAGCUUGAGUGAACUACCUGAAGCGUGGGCCCCCGACCAUCUUGUGAGGCUCCAGGCUGCCACCAAACUCGAGCAACUCAUGGAAGAGAUAGCUGACGCAAGGAGUCACUAUGACAUUGAGAGGGUAAGGGAGCUGCACGCUGAAUUUACGAGCAGCUGGAAAAGAUAUAAACCUAUGAACAUCAGUGAAGUGGAAGAUGCGAUUACCGAAAACCUAGAGUGGCUGCUCGAACAGUUGUUGAACAACAUGCAAUGGCAGAAAGGCCUUGAGGUUUGCGAUAAGGGGCUGGAGUACUUUGCUUCUUUGGAUGAAGAAACAUCUUUCGGGCGCCAGCAAUUAGACAUUAUCAGGGAACGUUGUCAAGCCGCGCUACUUAAUGAGUCGCUCUUUGCAGCAGAGGCUGCAUCUGACUUUUCCGCAUGUAUCGAAUCGCUCAACCGCCUGGAAACACUGUGGAAGCACCAACAACAAACAAAAUCCCAGCCGCGGCCGUUUAUCCUCAGGCUGAGUGAGAAAUUAGUGGAGUUCCUCAGGAGUUGCUACGCAGAUGGGUGUAUACCAUGCGCAAGAUGGGCACGCUGCCAAGAAGAGCACCAACUUUGUAUGUUCUACAAACAGAACUUCCGGCAUGCUGGGGAUAAUAAAGAGAUCUUGCAAAAGACACAUGAUCGAUCUGUAUUUCAUGCUGUGUUUGGAUGUGCACACCAUUGUCCAGGGGGGUAUUGCUUUCUUGAUUAAUUUGCUUAUUAAUUUGUUUAUAAUCCUGCCACCAUCCUCAUGUCUAAAAUAGUGAAGUGAAAGAGGGUGCACCAGACCCUGUGCAGUGUGCACGACAUGAGGCUGCUACUUUGGGGAAUACCUCCCCCAGGGAUCGUUGUAAAUUGACAAUAAAUGCCAAGUCAUUUCAGCAAAUCUACUUUUAACGCAAAUCAUCUGCC